GCACAUAGUGGCGGAGUUUCAGCGUAAAGUGAACCUUCUGCCGGCGGAGAUGUUCAGCUGAAGCUCAUCGCCACAAUGCGGGAUUUAUUGAGGUUCUUUACGUUCCGGACGGCUUCUUUUGUGCUGCGCCCCCUGCUGUAUGCAGCUGGAGUUGCAGCCACAGCCGCAGGAGUUUAUUGCAUGAUAAAGAAGCGUGGUGAAUUGGAGAGAAGAGCGGAUCCCGGGAAACAUCUGUCCCUAAGGACAGUUUAGAACACACAUCUGCUCUGCUGGAUCCAGGCUCGGGAUGUGAUGUGGAGGAGGUGAAUGUCACACCGACUGACAGCGCUGAACCUGAGGUCAGUCUGUCUGAAGCUGAGAAGAAAUACAAGCAGGCAUUGGAGUCCACAGCUCAGCUGGAGAACAAGAUGUCAAAACUAAAGUUCCAGGAACAGGAGUUGGAAAAAGCGCUGUCUAAAGAAAUCAAGAAUAUUAACAUGAAAAAAAUGCACUGUGCCUGCACAGAGGGGGCUGCUGAAAUGAUGAGCUUUAUAGUUGAAUUGGAGGAGAAAAUGUUGAAGUUUCAAAUCGAAUUACUGACGGCCUCCUUGGAUGAAAAGUAUGAGAAAUGUAACAGGCUGGAAAUGAUGAUUAGUCAGGUUGAGUGUACAAACUAUGAGCUGGAGGAUGAUUUCCACACGUUGGAGAAAGCAGUGGAGGAGUUAAAGCAACAAAUCAGUGAAGCCAACAGAGAACAUAGGAGCAUAUCAAAGAAGAACGAUCAAAAACACCUGGAGUGGAAAAACCUUGAUUCCAAACGGAUGCAGUGGAAUAAUACUGAACUACGGGAUUUUAAAACAAAGUGUCACAAUCUUCUUGCCAUGAAAAGGAGGCACAAGAAGGCAAUGGAACAGCUUGAAGUGUCAUUAAAGGAUGCAGAUAAAUCCAAAGAACAGAUGGAGAACGAGAAGUCGGCCUUGAUCUACAAAGUGCGCCAACUGACAGGCAGAGUGCAGCAGCUGGAGGAAUUGCUGUAUGACGUGAACCUUACACAGGCGGCGAUAAAGAAGGACUGUGAGCAAGCAUGGCAGGCUUAUACCAUCCUGAAGUCAGAGUACGAAGAGAUAUUUAAACAACCACCAACGGAAUCAUUAGUUGAAGCUGAGAAGAAACAUGAGCAGCUGAGUGCAGCAGUUGAAGGAAGAGCUUCUGAGAUGGAGGUGAAAAAAGAGCAGGAGGAUCUCAGUAUCCUGGAGACAUCUUGCAAUAAGACAACAAUGUGACAAGUGCAUAUUUAUUUCCCUCAUUAAAUCAUGACCGCUGUAGACUCUUUGAAUGAAGCCAAGAAUAAGUGGGCAGAUAUGAGCAGGUCCAUUUCUGCCUUGAAGGAAAGGAAGACUUCCCUGACGGAUGAAACAGACUACAUGGAAAGAGUAAAUGAGAAUUUGCUGAAAGACCUCUAUAAACUCUGCAAUAAGACAGCAGUGGCAUUAUGGGUAAGUGAGAAAUCCUUGGCAAUAAACAGUUGCUUUCACGACUA